AUGGUUCAUGCCGACGUACCCGACGAUCCCACCGCCUAUAAGAGACAGGAGUACUGGGAGGAGCGAUAUGCCAAGGAAGAGUCCUUCGACUGGUUCAAGACCUACGAGGAUCUGAAGCCUCUGUUGAGUCAGCACAUCGCCUCCAAAGACGCAAGGAUAUUGAUGCUCGGGUGCGGAAAUUCCACUCUUUCGGAGGACAUGUAUGACGACGGAUACCACAACAUUGUCAACAUUGACUUCUCAAAGACCGUCAUCGACAACAUGACAGAAAAGUGCAAGGAUCGUGUCGGCAUGGAAUGGAUCGAGAUGGACAUCAAGGACCUCAAGUUUGAAGCCGGUUCGUUCGACAUUGCGAUCGACAAGGGAACCAUGGACGCAUUGAUGUGCGAUCGUGGAGAUGUCUGGAACCCAGACGAGGAGCUCGUCAGGACUGUGGCUCAGGAGGUCGACGAGGUUGUGCGUGUACUCAAGGUUGGCGGCAAGUUUCUGUACAUCACUUUUGGUCAGCCUCAUUUCCGGAAACGACACUUGGAGCGCCCAUGCUGGACCGUGGAGACUUCUACUCUAGGAGUCGCAUUCCAUUACUUUUUCUACCAUAUGAUCAAGCAGGACACGCCGUCUUCAUAA